AUGUCCAAUAACGCAGACCAUACUGCCUCUGCGCCCACCACGAACGGCGUCAUGGAGCAUUAUGAGUACCCUGAGCCUCCAUCCGACGGACCGUACCGGAUUCUUAAUCAAUACCACUCUAAACCUCGCAAAAUCCGUAUCGCGUGUGCAGGAGCAGGCGCCUCAGGUCUCUGCCUUGUCUACAAAAUUCAGAAAACAUUGGUUCCAGAUUCGUGGGAACUCAACAUCUAUGAGAAGAACGCGCAAAUCGGCGGCACCUGGUACGAGAAUACCUAUCCAGGGGUUGCGUGUGAUAUCCCGGCACACAUCUACACUUAUACUUUCGACCCAAAACCAGACUGGAACCACUACUACGCGCACGGAGAUGAGAUUCAAAGAUAUUUCGAGGGGUUUGCAGAGCGAUACGGGUGUCACAAGUACAUCACCCUAAAAACAAGAGUGGUCCACGCCGAAUGGCAAAGCGCGGAAGCCAUCUGGAAACUGACCCUGCAGAACCAAGGAACCAAGGAGGAGUGGCACGACUGGGCACAUUGCUUUAUUAAUGCUACUGGAAUCCUGAAUAAGUGGAAAUGGCCGGAGCUACCGGGUCUAGAUGACUUUCAGGGGCAUCUAAUGCAUUCAGCAAACUGGAACCACGAUAUUAACUUGGCCAGAAGAACGGUAGGCGUUAUCGGAACUGGGAGUAGCAGCGUUCAGAUCGUACCUGAGCUGCAGAAAUCCUGUAAGCAGGUGCAGGUCUACAUGCGAAGCCCAACCUGGAUUACUGGACCUUUUGGCUCCGGACCAAUGGCUUCGGAUCUUACUCACGAAACCCAGAACCAAUAUACCUUUACCGAAGAAGAUAAGAAAAAAUUCAAGGAAGACAAAGAGUAUCAUCUUAACUUUAGGAAGAGGACGGAGGCUGAAUUCAAUGCUCUAUUUGGGGCCUAUCAGCAAGGAUCAGAACUGAAUAACUACUUCAGAAAGGUUCUUACCGAUCUAAUCUCAGAGAAGAUUGGGCCUGAGCACCCCGAGCUCAAGAAUUUUAUGGUCCCGACGUUCUCGCCAGGCUGUAGGAGGCUGACUCCUGGCAAUGGCUUCUUGGAAGCAUUGGUAUCACCCAACGUGGAACCUAUUACGGCUAAGAUUGAAAGCGUAACUAGGGAUGGGAUUCGAGUGAGAAAUCCCGACGGCACGGAAACAGAGAGAAAAAUGGACGUCCUUAUCUGCGCGACGGGUUUCUCGCCUGCGUUCAAACCUCCCUUUCAAUUGAUCAAUGGGGAAGGGAAGGCCUUUGGAGACGACUGGACUAAUGGACCGAACCUAUAUUUUGGGAUAUCUGCACCUAGAUACCCAAACUAUUAUACAAUCACUGGACCAGGUGCGACAUGGUCGAACGGAACGCUGCUGCCCGGGAUUGAAACUUCAAUUGAACACAUCCUUAAGUUGGUGAAGAAAAUACAACAUGAGGGAAUUGAAUCAAUUGAGGUCAAACAAGAAGCCCUCGACGACAUUUACAGCCAUCUCGACGAGUAUCACAAGACAACUGUUUGGCAAGAGAACUGCAGAAGCUGGUUCAAAGACGGCAAAAUGAACGGCAGGAUUUUUGUCUGGCCUGGCUCGACUAUACAUUUCCUAAAAAGCAUCAAAGACCCUCGAAUGGAGGAUUUCAACAUCAAAUAUCGCUACGGAAACCGUUUUGCAUUCCUAGGCGACGGUUCUGUGAAAGCCACAGCUUCCCGCGAACUUGCCCCAUAUAUCAGGGAAAGUGACCAUGAGUGGUCGAUAGAGUAG